ACCAACGUUGACGCAGUCCCGCACUUUACAGACGGUCCCUUGUACUCAGUCGGCUGAUUUGAUCAGAUAUUCUGGGCGAGACGGAAAGAUUUUGACCAAAUCCCGCGACUGCAGCUUCUUAUUUGUUUCUCCACGACUUUAAAAUGUCCUUUUGCUUCCGGGCGGUGUUCGCGAGCAGCAGGAGGCGAAUCGCCCCUGAACACCCACCAACACCGCCUUAGCGAGCAGUAACGAAGCCGCUGCUCAGUGAACCGCUCCGCCCUCGGCGCGUCACUCGGCCGGUCCUCCUCCUGAGUGUGGAGGCGAGGGGACGCCGCCGUCCCCGCCUAGCCGGCUGCUCGGAAGACGCGCCACAGCAUGGACGCCAUCCCGAUCGUCGACUUUGGUGAGUACAAGCUCCGAGAUGAUGAGGACGACGCCGUUCCCGGAGAGCGGCUGCAGGAGCUCCGCGAGGAGGUGCGGAGGGCCUUCACUGAAGUGGGCUUUGUUUACCUGAAGAACACCGGAAUAGAGCAGGACGAGGUGGAUCAUAUCAUGGCAGUUUCCAAAAAGUUCUUCAUGUUUAUGGAAGAGGACAAAAGACCCUACAGCCGUGGCAGCUAUUCAAACAGCGUCAAUCAUGGCUGGGUCUCUUUAGAGAGAGAAAGUUUGAAUCCUCGCCGUCCAGGAGAUUUGAAGGAAGCCUUUAACACGACUUCUCUGCGCGAAGAUAUUGCAUGGCCCUCAGAAGAGUUUCGCACGACCCUGGUGACCUUCUACAAACGCUGUAUAAAGCUCGCUCUCCGAGUGCUCAGAGUGAUGGCGCUCAGUCUCGGCAUAGACCCUGAGGUGUUUCUCAAAGCACACGGGCAGAUUGGAAGUGAAGAGAAUGGCAGUACCCUGCGUACUCUGUAUUACCCUCCAGUGAAGAGUGUGAAGCAUGAUCAGAUCCGCUGUGGGGAGCACUCUGACUAUGGCAGCAUCACUCUUCUCUUCCAAAGCAAGGAGGAAGGCCUGCAGGUCAAGAGCCGUAAAGGGGAGUUUAUCUCCGCUCCAUGCAUUCCUGGAACUGUUCUGAUCAACAUUGCAGACUUGAUGCAGAGAUGGACCAGCGACGUGUUUGUAUCUUCUGUCCAUAGGGUUAGGCUGCCCCCUGUUGGUGACUCAAACAAGGAGCGGCAGAGUAUGACCUUCUUUGUGCAGCCAGAUGACAACGUCAUGAUAAGUUGUUGUGAUGGAUCAAACAAAUAUCCUCCAGUGAAGUGUGUGGAUUAUCUUCAGUCCAGGUUUAAUGAGACUUAUGGGAAAACCUAAAGUUGCUCGAUUUGGAUUUCCAUGUUUUGUCCAUAUGAUAAAUAUUUUGUAUACUAACUUUACUGCCUCUAUGAUGAUGGGGGUUUGUAGAUCUGCCCUGUUCGAACAGCUUAGAGACACAAGACAAGGAUGUGCUCUCUUGCCUGCUCUAUUCACUCUGUUUUUAGAACCAUUAGCUCAAACCAUAAGACGGGAUCAAAUGAUUUUCACAGUUAUCCUUCAGGAUAAUAACCAUUACGCCUUGUUUCAUUCAAAUGAUAUUUUGCUCUUUUUGACCAACUUUGCACUUUCUCUCCCACUAUGCCUUAAACUAUUUGAACAUUUUAGAUGCUUAAGUGGUUAUAAAACUAACUGGUCAAACUCCAUUCUGAUGCAUUUGACAGAUGCUAGCAAAUUCGCCUCUAUUCCUCCCAUCAUGUCUAAUGACUCCAGGCUAACUUAUCUGGAAAUUAAGACUACUCAUAAAAAUAACUACUGUGCAUUAACCACUAAAAUCACCCAGGAUUUGCAGGCAUGGAGUGCUUUGCAGCUUUCUCUUGAGGGCAGGAUUGCAAUAGUCAAAAUGAAUAUGUUCCCAAGACUCUCCUUUUUGUUCUUCAUUAUUGCACUUUGUCCUCAUUAUACCUUUUUUAAAGUUUCAGCAUUCAUUUGGAAUAAGAAUAGACUGAUGAUCAGACUCAAAACCCUACGAAGAAUGAACACUGAUGGCAGCCUUGUGUUACCAGAUUUCAGGGUAUAUUUUUGGUCCUUUGGUCCAAAUUCUCUUCUUGUUUGGCAAGACGUCAGUAAAUUUAUGGGUGGUCCAUUUAAAUUCUCAGCAGAAUCUCCAAUAUGGAACAAUACUUUCAACCAAACAAGAGGCAAGAGAGUUCAUAAUCAUAAUUGGAAUAUUUUCAACAAUCAAGAUGUACAGACUUUUCAGGAUUUAAAAGAAUCAUACAAUCUUCCUGGCCACUCUUACUUUUUAUAUUUAUGGUUAAAAAUCGCUUUACAGGCAUAUGGUGUUCCAUGGAACUUUAAAAUUAGCCAACGUUAAUUUAUGGAUUGACACAAUUCAAAGGGAGUAGUUUCUUCUUUUAACUGUAGUUAACUGGCUCACUUAUCCCGUAACUUCCAAUUACAACAUUUUAUUUGUACUUUUGUGCAUGUUUUAAGACUAGAUGCUAUAUUGUGUUAAUGAAUUGGUUCUGCAUGUGGUGUCAACUUUAAGUAAUAAAACCAUUCUAAAGCAACCCAA